GUAGCUAUUCCAGGAAUAUACUGAAAUUACAGAGAUUUUAUUUCUCCUUGCAAAAAAAAAUCUUCCCCCGGAAAAAAAAUCUUCAAAUCCUCUCCCUCCUCUUCCGAAUUCCUGUCCCCCCUCACAAAUUUGGGCUCCGGCAGAUCCCGAUUCUAGGGUUUUCACAUAAAAUCCCUGUUCUUCCCCAAUUAAAAAUUAGUUCUUUUUCCCCCACAACUCAUUGUGUCAAGUCUUUUCUGAACUUUCCUCGUUCCGAUAGCCCUUCCUGGAUUUAUAGAUCGAAUCUCCUUCGAGAUUCUACUUAUUAAGGAUCGUUACCGGGUAACUCUGAUUAAUUUUACGCCGACAUGAUCUCCGCCGUGAAGCCGCCUUCGACGACGGCGUUUGUGGUCAAUGAUACGACACGGACUGGAUUGUUAUCUCUUCGGAGGAAGAUCUCUUUACCACCGCUUCCUGCUCCAACGCGUCCCUUCCUCUUGUGCUCCUCAUUGCGCUUGUCGUUGAAGCCUCUGUGUGUCUCUUCUUCGCCGAAGGUUUUGGGAUCACGCGAUGAUGGGUUUCGGUUCAGGUGCAACACUUACGGGGCUGAGAGGUCUGAGAGCGUGCCGGUGCCAGAGGAGGAGCCGCGAUCGUCCGCCGCCCAGAAGGUGAAGAUCUCGAUUUACUUCGCCACCUGGUGGGCGCUUAACGUGGUGUUUAAUAUCUACAAUAAGAAGGUGCUGAACGCGUUCCCGUUCCCUUGGCUGACCUCGACGCUCUCGCUCGCCUGUGGAUCUCUUAUCAUGCUGCUCUCCUGGGCCACUAGGAUCGCAGAGGCGCCGAAGACCGAUCUUGAUUUCUGGAAGACCCUCUUUCCGGUCGCAGUGGCUCAUACAAUUGGACAUGUUGCAGCAACGGUUAGCAUGUCAAAAGUGGCAGUGUCAUUUACGCACAUAAUCAAGAGUGGGGAACCAGCUUUUAGUGUGUUAGUCUCAAGGUUUUUGCUAGGGGAGACAUUCCCUGUGGCAGUCUAUUGGUCACUUUUGCCGAUCAUUGGUGGUUGUGCUUUGGCGGCGGUGACGGAGCUUAACUUCAACAUGAUUGGAUUUAUGGGUGCAAUGAUUUCAAACCUUGCAUUCGUAUUUCGGAAUAUUUUCUCCAAGAGGGGAAUGAAAGGGAAAUCAGUUAGUGGGAUGAAUUACUAUGCUUGCCUCUCUAUGAUGUCCCUCCUAAUACUCACACCUUUUGCCAUUGCGGUCGAGGGCCCCCAAAUAUGGGCUGCUGGUUGGGAGAGUGCCGUUUCGCAGAUUGGUCCCCAAUUCAUAUGGUGGGUUGCAGCGCAAAGUGUGUUUUACCAUCUGUACAAUCAAGUUUCAUAUAUGUCUCUCGACGAAAUCUCUCCGCUUACAUUUAGCAUCGGCAACACGAUGAAGAGGAUAUCGGUCAUCGUCUCUUCGAUCAUAAUUUUCCACACCCCGGUCCAACCCAUCAAUGCACUCGGAGCUGCCAUCGCCAUCCUUGGAACUUUCCUCUAUUCACAGGCGAAACAGUAAGGCGGGCUGCUACUCUGCAACGAUGUCGAGGCUUUCGGCAUGGCUCGUGCAGAUCGUCGCCGCACAAGUGGAUACGGUUUUUGUCUGCCCAAACAGUUGUCUUUGUUUGUAGAUAUAAGAUAAUUAUAAGUAAGGGACAGUAGUUGAUUAUGCAAUAAUCCCUUUGCUGUUUUGUGGAAUUAGGGUUUAGGAUAUUUGGUCAACUUGGAAGGGACCCUAUUGCUUAUUAGCUUCAUGAGUUUUUCAUAAGCGAAUGUUUUAAGCAGUUCAGCAAUAAUUUGGCAGAGUAUUUGGUUUAUGAUAUUUGAUGGGGUGUAUAAACCUUGAUACUAUAUUGGUUGUGAUUUUUGGAAUUUUGGCAUCUUUUUUUUUUCUUUUUU